CAGAAACCGCGCGGCGCGCGUCGUGCCCUCAUACCUAACAAUAUUAAAUAUCGGCGAAUUCGUGCGAUUUCUGCCAGUAGAGCAGCGCAAGUCGUCUGAGUCCUGUCGUGUUGGGGUUCCGCACCACACCGGUAGUGUAUUGUAUCUUACUCGAGCCAGUGAUACUUAUUGGUUGAUUCGAACACACAAGCAUUUGAGAACUUAGUGUUGAGCUGUUGGGUUGUGAAACGCGCAAUAUGUCAGUGUUACCGAAAAGCGUCGCGGAAGCCAUCAAGGAGUAUGCGCUCUCCCAGGGGAUUAAGAAUCCGAAGUUCGAUAUUUCUAGUGGGUCUCGGAAUGGGGACAGCUAUUCAGGGGACGUGUAUAGGAUUGCGGUUUCAUCGGACGAAAAGGAUGUGGAAGACUGCCGCAACAAUAAUAGCGACGGUACCCUCGCCGAGCUCGCAAAGGUCAUCAGCGUCAUUGCGAAGGUGGCACCCACAAGCCCACUACGAAGGAGUCUCUACAACAGCUCGGCUCACUUUCAACGUGAGAAGUACAUAUUCGACAUCGUGCUGCCGACGUUCGAAAAGUUUCAGGAAACACGUGGCCUCAAACCGUCGCGUAUGUUCAACCACUAUCCGACGGUAAUCGCUUCGGAUUGUUCCGACGGGCAAGAAUUUGUGCUGCAGAAUGAUCUCACAGCGCAGGGUUUCAAAAACUUUCAACGCACGGAACCCCUGGACUACAGCAAUGUUCUGCGAGUUCUGACCGAGCUGGCAGAGUUUCAUGCGAUAUCGUUCGCUAUGAAAGACCAGGCGCCGGAAAUUUUCGCGAAAAUUGUCAGCCAGCUGAGGGAAACCAUUUUUGUGGCACCACUGCAUGGUUCAUUCGAGGGGUUUUUGAAGCGACAGGUGGACUACGCGAUGCGAACGCUGGAGCACAGUCCGGCUAAGGGUGAUGAAGCAGUUUCCAAGAGGUUGCUCCGAUUUCGCGACGAGUACGGGCCGUCGAUGGUGGACUGUGUCGAUAAUAAGGACGAUGUGGUAGUCUGCCAUGGCGAUUGCUGGAUCAGCAACUUGUUGUACAGACAUAAGGACAUAAACCAGCCCAAGGAGUUGCGCUUCCUGGAUUGGCAGGUCACACGUUGCGGUACACCGGUUAUCGAUCUGUCCUACUUCAUUUUCUGCUGCACUGAUACCGGCCUUCGCAAGCGACUGCCCGAGUUGCUGCACAAGUAUCACACCGCAUUGGUCGAGCGAAUCGAUGAGCUUGGAAGCGACGGUCAUCGGCUGUUCCCCUUCGACACGUUGCAACUGCAUCUGCAAAAGUUUGCCCGUUUCGGUUUCGGAAUGGCCCUCAUGACUCUCCAUUCCACGUGCUGCGUGGAGAAGGAUCUUCCCGAUGUGUCCGCCGCGCUGGAAUCCUCAGAACUGAGCGAUUUGGACAAAUAUGCCAAAGAUUUGCUGUACAAUCCGGCCUACAUCGAAAGAAUGACCGGUGUCUGUCGGGAUAUGGUUCAGUUGGGUUAUCUGUAGGAUUUCUGAUAAACUAGUUCACUAAACGUACAAUCAAUGAUCAAUUUGUUUGACAAUCAUGGAUUCAAAAAAAAAUCGAGGUUAUCGUAGGAAAGUACUUAGUCAGUAUUUUAUAGGUUUUAAAGAAUAAUGACAGUAUUUUGUUGUAAGAUUCCGUGAAGUUGAAUCAGACGUUCAAAAUAAAUGCACAAUAUCAAAUGGUUAUCAAAUAAAAUCAAAAUAAACAAGGCAUCUAAUGCAGGGAUACUAGAGUUAGCAAUGUUACAAACAAACAAAUAGAAGGCAAAAAUAAUAAAUUACGAAUCGUAAUUGGCACAGUAAAAUCAUCACAUUCUAGUGAUCUGUACAAUUGGAAAACCAGAAAGCAAUUAGUAUUAAAGUUUUAUCUGAAUAUAUAAGUAAACUGUAAGCACAAUUCAUUUAGUACUAAGAUGUCGCACCACUCCAAAUUACCUUAAGGAUACUCAAAAUUGUGGGAUUGAUUCGGUGCAUUCAGCCAAACUAUUGAAGAUUUCACUAGUGUUAAAUGAACAAAAUGAAAGAAAUACGUACACGAUCAAGCCUAAAAUAUUUCACUCCACCGAUGGAUGUUCAACUAAUAAGAAGGGUUUACUAUUUUAGAUUAUAAGAUGUAAGAUAAAUAAAUAAGAUUUAACGUAA